AUGAGAGUGCUUACUCAAUGCCGUCUAUUCGUCUGCUGNCCCACGCAGCUGCCGAGAGAGUCGACCGACUUUUUCGGCGACUUGCUCUUCCCGUUCGCCCUCGACAUCAUCAAGUCCGACGCGAAGAAGCCCCUCGAGGAGGUGAGCUUCACGCCGGCCGUCCACGGGGCCAUCAUCGCCUCGAACGGCGAGCUCACCCCGAACUUCCAGUACAUUCAGGAUCUGAGGUCGCAGAAUUGCCGGAGCAGGCACAAGGACAACGGCCACGAGUCCAAGAGCCGGACCGCGCUGGUGCUCGGGGCCGGCUACGUGUCGGCGCCCCUGGUCGAGUACCUCCACCGCGACGAGAACCUGCGCAUAAUCGUCGGCUCGCAGUUGAAGGACGAGGCCGAUGCUCUGGCCAACCGCUACUCGGGGGUCGAGCCAGUCUUCAUCGACGUACUGGAGAAGCCCGAGGCCCUGGACGACGUGGUCGAGGCGGCCGACGUCGUCGUCUCGCUGCUGCCCUACACGCUGCACCACCUCGUCGCCGAGAGCUGCAUCAGAGCCAGGAAGCAUCUGGUUACCGCGAGCUACCUCAACGACAAGGUCAAGGCCUUGCACGACGAAGCCGAAAUGGCCGGAGUUACGAUUUUGAACGAGGUUGGCCUCGAUCCCGGAAUCGAUCACCUGCUGGCUCUCGAGUUGUUCGACGACGUGCGCCAAGCCGGUGGUCGCAUCGAGUCCUUUGUCUCCUGGUGCGGUGGUCUGCCGGCUCCCGAGUGCUCCUGCAAUCCGCUGAGGUACAAGUUCAGCUGGUCACCGCGCGGUGUCCUGCUCAACACCCUGUCGCCUGCCAAGUACUUUCACGCCGGUCAGGUCGUCGAGAUAUCCGGCGGUGGCGAUCUCAUGUCGUCGGUGCAACAGCUCGACUUCUUGCCGGGCUUCGCGCUCGAGGGAUUCCCCAACCGGGACAGCACCAUGUACAAAGACCUCUACGGCAUCCAGCACGCCAACACGGUCCUCAGGGGUACGCUCAGGUUCCAAGGCUACUCCGACACCGUUCAGGGACUUCAGCUGCUCGGCCUUAUCGAUCCGAAUCCGCAUCCCGCUUUGCAUCCCAACGGGCCCGACAUAACUUGGCGUGCGAUGGUCUGUAACUUGCUCGGACUCGCCAGCGACGACAUAUUCUACGAGAAUCUCAAGCAAAAGCUCGCCGAGCGCUUGAAUUCCGAGCAGCGGGCCAUGGCCAUCGAGGAGCUGGGUCUGCUCAAGGAGGACCUCGUGAUGAAGCUCAACACGCCUUUGGACACUCUCAGCCAUUUCCUCUCCAAGAAGCUUGUUUUUGGGCCCAACGAGAGGGAUCUGAUUAUUCUCAGGCACGAAGUCAGCAUUCGCUGGCCCGACAACAGAAUCGAGGAGCGUGCCGUCAAUAUGGUUACUUAUGGAGACGUUAAAGGUCACUCGGCCAUGGCUACCACCGUUGGAUAUCCCGCGGCCAUAGCCACCAAAAUGAUUCUUGACGGCGAAAUCCAACAACGUGGUAUGGUUUUACCCUUCGCGCCUGAUAUUUACAGGCCCAUGCUGGCGAGGCUCAGAGCCGAAGGACUUGACUCUUUUGAGACGUCAAAAUGGCUCUGAAAACGAUCCAUCGUUUACCCUAGACUGUAAAUAUUGUUAACUUUAGCAAGGAUGCUUGGAGAGAAAGAAGAAAAAUCAAGUAGUUGUCGAAUGUCACGUAUUAACAUUUAUUUGAUAAAUCCACUUGAUCUUAUAAGGGUUAAAUCAUAUAACGACGCUCUUAAUCCAAACUAGCAUGUUUACAAUUUCGCCACUAUAAUGUUAAUUCGUUUGUUCAUGAGUAAAAGAAAAAAAACUUCAUAAUACUUUACACUGAGGGUGGUGCCGGGUAUUAUACUUUUCCUCGAAUUUUAUCAUUCGUAAGCUUUAUAUCGGCUUACCUGUAAGAAGUAAUUACCAAAAAACAAUUACUACAAGUACGAAUUUUUAAUUAAUUAACGUUUAUUUCGUAGGCAGAGCUGUAACGUGCUAGUUUUCUCCUGAAAUCGCCUUUUUUUUAAUUGUUCUAUGUUCCGCAAAAUUUUAUUUAUUGCAUCGCAUUCAAAUUUGUCCAACAAUCACACACAAAUACAAAUAUCUUUUAAAUAUAAAUAUCAACUGUUCAACCA